GCUAUUCAGACACAUCAAAUAUUGAAAACCUGGAGUUUCCGUUUCACACUCGCAGCGAGGGAGGGGAGAGAGCAGAGAGGCAGACAGAGAGGAGGACAUACAGCGGCUGAGGAAAAGAGGGGGGGGAAAGUCAAAGAACGGUGGGAUUAAGAGGAAAUAACACUCCAGGCACCCUGGGAGGGAGACACAUGAGCAGGGAUGGAGGGAGUGUUGGAGGAACGGGGAGAAAGCAGCGAAAGUGGGACGACUUCUACCCAGGUUGACACACCGACUCAGAACUGCAGAGAGCAUGACGAUGAGCCCCAAAACCUCCAGGAGGCAGAAGGGGACGACCGGGCCGACAGUGACACCUGUGAUGGAGUGGUAGAGCCCAGUCAGGAGACCCUGAUAGCCACAAACACACAGGAGGAUGCUGACUGCCUCCCAUUUCCCCCCCUACCAAGAGAGGAAGAGGUGACCCCCCCUUCAGUGUCAUCUCAUCCCUCCAACACAGAGAAUCGCCCAUCUGAACCCUGCUGGUAUUGCCUGAGGUCUCUUGACUCAGAGUAUCGUCCUGAAACUGCGAAACAGGAAGACUCAGAUCCGUCGUCCUCACUGCCCUCUAGUGCCCAGAAAGUGAGCUACCAGACAGACCCUCGACCUCACUUUGGCGUAGCUUGGUCCUCCCACUCCACAUGUCGCCCUCUGUGGGGCAGCGAGGGCCCCUGCUGGGGGCAAAGAAACCAGGAAGUACCCAAUCAGAUGCACACGUGCCCUCACUGCCAUCUGGGCUUGCCCCCUGACACACUGCGAUGGCAUGAGGCUAAGUGUCUGCUGUUUGAAGGGCUGAGGAACUCAAACAAAUAAAUGGGAGUCAUCAUAAGAGAAAAUGUUGAUUGUAUUUAAAAAAAAAACUCUCUCUGUAAUAAUGCUCUCAGGAAAUGUUUUUCACCUAAAAGUUAUGUGCAAUAUCUGUUUCUGCUGGAGAACAACUGUGUGUUUAAGCAAAGGCGUAACGAUGUUCGUUCCUUAUUUCAUUUUGAGUUCAUGCUUAAUUUCUGUGAUAUGUUUUAUACAAAUAAACUGCAUGUGUACAAAAUUAGAACACUGCUCCAAGAAUAUUGACAAUGUUAAUGAUUUUUAUCUAAUUUAUUGAAAAUGUUUAAACUUUUUCAUUUUUUGCAGAGAUUAAUCUGAAAAGUCAUAAAAUAAAAGAUAAAUAACAAUAAGAAAUAAUAACUAAUUUGAAAAGCAGACAAUUUCUUGAGAGAAUUGCAAAGUGACAGUGAUUUUU